GAUCGCCAUGGCUGCUGAACAGCUCCAUGUAGAAGUCUACAUCAUGAACGGAGACGAGAGAUGGGACUGCAUAGGUAUGGGGCAAGUCUCAACCAUUUACGAUGAGCAGCUUCAGGGUGUGUGUCUCCUUGUUCAGUCAGAGUCAGGUGACUCAAGUAUUUUACAGUCCAAAAUACAGCCAAACACACCCUAUUGGAAAAAACGGAGUACGUUAAUUGUUUGGUCUGAAGAUGAGUACAUUAGUAGGGCUCUGAGUUUCCAGGACCCAGAAGACUGUCAGAAGAUCUGGGAAGAAAUAUGCCAAGUUCAAGGUAAAGAGCCAACAGUGGAAGCCACACAAGACGUUUUAGAUGAAACGGAACAAUAUGAUGAAAUGUUAGAAACCAGUUACCUUGUUCAGCCGCCUAGCUGUGAACUCGGUACAGUUGGUCACCUUGCUGAUAUCUUUAAUUCGUUUUUUGUUUCACCUUCCCGUAAGAAAUGCCUGACUUUUAUCUUGAAAAAUGGGGAUUAUAUUAAAAAAUUACUAGAGCUAUUCCAAAUUUGUGAGAAUCUUCAAAAUACAGAAGAGCUACAUCAUUUGUAUAGCAUUGUUAAAGGAAUCUUACUCCUCGAUAAAACUCCUCUGUUUGAGGUUAUGUUUUCUGAUGAGUGUAUUAUGGAUGUGAUAGGAUGCCUUGAGUAUGACCCUGCUGGGCCUGAGCCAAAAAGGCAUAGGCAAUUCUUUACCCAAAAUGCAAGAUUGAAGGAAGUUAUACCAAUAACAAAUUCUGAACUUAGGCAAAAGAUACAUCAGACAUACAGAAUACAGUACAUUCAUGAUAUUCUUUUACCCAAACCAUCCAUAUCUGAAGAGAAUCUUCUCCCUUCUCUUAAAAAUUUCAUUUUCUUCAACAAGAUUGAGAUAGUCAACAUGCUACAGGAAGAUGACAUGUUUUUGUCUGAAAUUUUUGCACAGUUAAGAGAUAAGGCCAUAAAUGGUGAUAAACGGCGUGAACUGCUAUUUUUUUUGAAGGAAUUCUGUGAAUUUUCCCAGGCAUUAUAUCCUCAAAGCAAAGAUGCACUGCUCAAAACAUUGGUAAGACUGGGUAUUCUACCUGCCCUUAAAGUUGUUAUGAGCAUAGAUGAUUUCCAAGUAAAGACAGCUACUACGACUAUAUUUGCUUAUCUGGUGGAGUACAAUCCAUCUACAAUCCGGCAGUUUGUAAUGGGCGAAGCUCAGAAGAGUAAAGAUGAUGAACUUCUAAUUAAUGUAGUAAUUGAACAAAUGAUCUGUGAUACUGAUCCUGAACUUUCAGGUGCCAUGAAUUUGAUGGAACUUCUUCGUUCUCUGCUUGACCCAGAGACCAUGCUGAUAUUGCCUUAUGAAUAUGAAAGACAUAAGUUUCUAAAUUUUUUCUAUAAAUAUUGCAUGGAUAACUUAAUAGCACCACUUUUAUCUAGCACUGAAAAAGACAAAGAUGAAGAGGAUGAUAGAUUUGGACCUGACAGAAACAAAAAUCGCCCCAAUAAUUAUCAAACAGCACGAUUGCUUGGUUUAAUUUUAGAACUAUGCACAUUUUGUGUACAACAUCACACAUACUACAUUAAAAACUAUAUUUUGAAUGAAGACUUGCUAAGAACAGUCCUGAUGUUGAUGAAUUCAAAGCAUACUUUCCUGCUCUUGAGUGCUGUUCGUUUUAUGAGAGAGAUGAUUGGCCUUAGAGAUGAACAAUAUAAUAGUUACAUCAUCCAGGGAAAUCUUUUUGAGCCAGUUGUAAAUGCUUUUUUGGCUAAUGGACAUAGGUACAAUAUAUUAAAUUCAGCUAUUAUUGAGCUAUUUGAGUAUAUAAGUAUCCGAAAUAUCAAGUCACUUGUUGUACAUGUAGUUGAAAGAUUUUAUAAGGCUUUUGAACUGAUUGAAUAUGUUCAGACAUUCAGAAGACUGAAGAUUAAAUAUGAACAAGAAAAAGACAGACAAAGUCAAGCAAGGAAGACUUUACAUUCUAUACUAUAUGAAGAUACCAAAGUCAUGGAUGUGAAGGAAGAAAUGCACCUCAGUCAAAAUAGAAGAGAAGCAGUUACGCCACCAAUAGGAAACAAUUCAGAUCGUGAUGAAAAACUUACAGAGGCUGAAACACAGAAAAUGAAGCUACACCUUCCCAAAAGAACAUCUUCUGGUGGUUUCAGAUUUUCUUCAUCUUGUUCUGAUGGUGCUGGUGGUGGAAUGAGUAUUCCACAGAGUAGCAGGGUAGCUACUUUAGUGGAUUAUCCAGACAAUAAUGAAGAGAAAGAAGACAAAGAAGAUAAAACAUCCCCCAGUAAAAGACCUCAUCUUAGUUCGUAAAACUUAACAUCUUAGUUCGCAAACACUCAACUUCUGGUUCAGCUCAAAUCUUGUAAAUGUCAAUAAGCCAAAAACUCUGAAUCUAAAAUAUUUCUCAUGUGGACUUUUAAAAAUAUAUAACAAGUACCAAACAUGAACUAAGAGGGGUUAAUUCUGUAAAAACAAAGCUUCCCAUAA